ACUGGACAGCCACAAGCAAAAGAAUGAAAGUAGACCAUUAUCUUACACUAUACACAACAAUUAACUCAAAAUGGAUUAAAGACUUGAAUGUGAGAUCUGAAACCAUAAAACUUCUAGAAGAAAACUAAGCCAGAGUCAACUAGGUAACUAACAUUCUAGAAAAGUCAGAAACAGGGAACUUUUAAAGAUUACUAAAACAAUUCCUUCUAAUAACAAUAAAAUAGGCACGAAUUGAGUACGACUCUUUCAAGAACACGUUAAGGUCAUCCUUGAACUAGCUCUCUUCAAAACCCACUCUGUCCAAAAGCGAGUCCAGACAUCCCCCACUUCUUGGCUCCGCUCCAGGAGCUCCGACCCACUGGGCUACGUGUGGACUGUGAGUGGAGAGAUCGUGGGGGUGCGGUGAGCUAGGGACUAAGCCCGGUGGCUACCAAGGGCUCAGGUUCUGGGUCGAUAGACAAAAUAUCCCUUCGGCCUCCUGCCGAGCCUCGAGUCCCCGCCAGAUGGCGAUCUUCCUUGCAUUCUCAAAGUGCAAACAAUCGGAAAGCGACCCGGAUUCAGCCUCGGGGAAGCGACCCUGGAUGGGGCCGGGAGGUGGCAGCGUCAGGAGUUUGCAUUCCCAGCAGAUGACUGGCGCCUACUGGCUGCAGAAAGGAAAGGGCAGCGGGAAAGGAGAAGUGCGGGAAUCGCCAUCCAGCAAAUUAGGCCUCGAGUCUUCCUGGCUGCUGGUGCCACGAACGCCACCUGCGCUGCUAGGGUCCUCCCGACCGGGUCUCCAGUCCUGCUCCGCGACUCACCCUGCCAGGCUCAGACUGCAUUCCGCACUCCGACUCCGGGGAACCCGCGGGCGGAAGGAUCGGUGCCGGGGCCGGGAGCCCGGAAGCCCGAGGCUGGCCGCAGCCGGAGCCUGGAGAUGCCGCGCCCGCUGGACUCUAGCUCUGCGCCACUCAGUGAACUCGGCCCGCGCGGCUCCAGGCUGGCGCUGCGGAAGCCGGGCGAGGCGCCGCGCGCUGCCGCCAGCGGAGGUGAGAGCAGAGGUCCGAGCGCCCGGCUUCGGCCUCAAAAUAAUACUGGGGCUGCCGCGGCCCUGCGUGUCCUCUUUCCCACGGGGCGCUGACCUGCGAACGCGGAGCCUAGGGGGUGUCGAGCGCCCAAAGGUCCUUGCCCUUUCCUCGCGCCCAGAUCCCAACCGUCAUCCGAACACUACGCCCUUCGGCUCAGGCUGGAUCACCAGACAUCAGAAACUUCGUGAGUCAGGAGACGAAACCCUAUUCAAAGUCACAGACCUCGCCUCAUUGCUCCUCAUGGGCAGUUACCUGGGCAAGCCGGGACCCCCGCGGUCGUCUCCAGCAGAGAGGUGCACAGACUUGCCCCAGAGGCCGGUGAACCGCCGACCAGCUCAGUCCCUUCACCAGGUUCACCGCGUUCAGCACAUCCAUCGCGUCCAUCCUGCCCCGCGGCAUAGACCUGCGAGGAGACCGAUGAACUGGGAUCCUACCAAUCCCACUGCGAGGGUGGUCAAUGAGGCUUGGAGGCGAUUUCCCAUGAAAAGGUCCCAGAAUUCCAUCAUGGGGCCUCUUCCCUCAGACUGGUGGGAAAGUUACUUCAGGCGGAGUAUCUGGUCUCUUCGGCACCCCAGGGCAGUAUGGAGCCCGGUGACCAUCAAGAUCGCUCCUCCUCAGCGGGGAGUGCCCCCCUGCACUUCCCCAGCAGAGGUAAUAAACUCUGCAGGGUCCUUACCCUCUGAGAAGACCCCAGACCCAUGUGCAAAGGAGUCAGUGCUGAGGGCCCUCAGAGAGUGCAAGAAAGGGAAAGUGAGGCUGGAAGACCCGCUAUUCCCUGAGAGCUUGGAUAGUAAAAGAAGGAGUGCAGAGACGAGACCGUCUGCAUUUAAACUGCUGAGGAAGAAUGGAGUCCUCCCUUCUUUUGUGCCCAGGCCUGGUCCUCUGAAGAGAAGCCUCAACUCCUGGAGUUCAAACCACAGCUUGAAUAGGAGGCCCAGUUGCUACUCCGUGAGCUCCUUGGCCAGCACACACACAGGUGGCCUCAUCAGCUCCAAAAGAAAUGCUAUUACAAGCUCUUAUAGCUCUUCUAGAGAUUUGUCUGUUCCUUGGAAGAGAAGUGUUUCCAGUGUGUCAUUCCAGAUACCAGAGUGGCCAGUAAAAAAGAAAGAAAAAAGCCGUCAGUCUCACUCUCCACUGAUACCACUAUUGUCGAAUGAGUCCCCAGCAGCAUAUGGCAGCUCUGGGCAGCAAAAUCAAGAGAUUCCACUGCUGCUUUCUAGCCCCGGGAACCUGCUGUCUCUGAGUCCACCUCCCCAGCUUGGUAAUGCAGUCCCUGAAGAGAUCUUGGCAUUAGGGAAGAAAGCUGGACUCCAAUGGAGCAACAAAGCCAGAGGGGAUACAACUGAGGCCACCACAGAUUCUGUCCCUGAGACUCACUCUGCCAUUCAGCCUUCCCUGUCUCUCACCGUGCGUUCUGUAGGCACAGCUCCAACCCAGGGCAAAAAUCCUCAGUUGGAAAGCUUAAAGAAAAUGCAGAAGUCUCCAGGUCCACUGGCCUUCCCACAAUCUACUGGAGAGGCAAUCAGUGUAGGACAUUCACCUCUGAAGACACCCAAUCUACUGUCUCCACUUGGGUGCUCACAGACAGAGCCCCUUUCAGGCACCUCUUCAGACUCUAGGCCCACAGCUAGUUUCAUCCUUCUGACCCCUAUUUCUCCCACAUGGCCACCUUUGACCUCUCAGACUAAUAGGUCUGCCAUGCCCCCAGACCCACCUGCCAUUACCUCUGCAGCGCUCAUUAGGCAAAGUUCUUUGUUUGGAAUGAAUAACCCAGCUUCUCAUCCUGCAUCUGCAUUUCCUGCUGCAACUUCUGCUGACCCCAUGUCAAAACCCAUUUUUGGUCUCCCACCCAACGGUGAGAUUGGAGGCUCCUUAUAUUCCAGAAUUUCAGUCACAGCUGCAGUAUCUUCAACUCCGGGUAUCUUAACUCCCACCUUCAAGCCUAUCUUUGGCAACACAGAACCACUUAAAACUAUGCCCAUGAUAGCUCCUUUCUCUUUCAAGCAGACCACUUCUCCAGCUACUCCUGCUUCUACCCACCUCUUCCAUGGCCUGGUCAAGGCUACCUCUGUAGUCACGUCCACCAACUCAGCUAGCACAUCUGAAGACUCUUCUUUCAAGCCACCUUUGGAUUUUGGUAUAGUGAAUGUUACCAGUCCCAUGGGCAACGCUUACUCCAUCCCUUCCACUUGCCACACUCUCCUUCUUGGGGCUGCCCUUGCCUUCAGAGCCAGCUUCUCCCCAGCCACAGGCUUCAUUUUCCCACCACACCAACGUCCUACCAUUCCUACUGUACAUACAGUCACCAUUUUCAGCCGGGUUCUUCCCAGUGCUAUCCAGAUAUCCUCUAGUAGAAGCACUGCCAAUUUUAGAAGUAUGGGCAGCCCUCUGUCAGCCUCAGCCCUAGUAACCACAAACCAGCCUGCACUGUUGUCCAGUACCUCCAAUUUGACCUCCACAUUUACAGUUCCCUUGGGGUCAAACUCAAGGCCACCUUUCUCACUAUCCCUAGGAGCCACGCCCCCGCCUGCAUUUGGGGCUGCAGAUGGGCAGAAGCAAGGGGCCCCCCAACCAGCCAUUGGCCCAAGCUUCAGUAGCUCUUUCAUGUUUGGAAAUUCAGCAGUGGCAUCCCCAACCCCAACCGCAGCCCAGCCAGCCUUCAGCAGUACCACACAGUCAACCGUCGGGGGUUUGACACCCUCAGCCUCCACCUUUCACAUCCCUGCCGGCAUCUGGCCAGACAUUGGCAGCACUCCAGCAGGUUUUCGCUUUGCUCAAGCUAAUACAGCUGGCUUUGGAGUUGUCACCCAGACCUACCAUAGUGGGGCUUGUGGCUCAGUGUUUGGCAGCACAGCCCCACGACCUUUUGCCUUUGGGGGCUUAGUGACUCCUAUGGACUGCGGGGAGUCUGGAAUCAGCAUGACUGCUCCAGACAUGAACUCCAACUCUGGAGCAUUCAAUGUUGGAGCAGUGCCAAGUGGGAGUACUAGCACCAUCACACCCUUUGGAAAAGGCUGGAGCCAGAACUCCCAGGGCUUGACCAGCCAGAGCACAUCUUUUGUGUUGGGGCGGGCUAGCAUUUCCUCAAGAAAGGCUAUGUUUGGGGGCUCCUCCAUGGCCCCUUUUGCUCAGAGUACCCUUGUCCCUGGGCCAGUUGAAACAGGCCUUGGCUUUGGGCUGCCCUCUCCUCCUGCCCGGGGCUCUGGUGGAAGAGGAUCUUUCAGAUCAUCAGCUCCUUCCUUUUCCAUUGGUACAAAAUCAAAAACCCCAAAGAAUCGGGAGCAAAGGCGUUCCCGAAUGCAUCAUACCCACAAGAAAUAGCCUGUGUUCCCUGUGACCCAUACCCUGAUUUGGACCUCAGUAUUGUUGUGAAGAGCUUUAGUCUCUUCCAAUUCUCUAAAGCAAAAAUACCCCAGAUCUAAGGUUAGGGUUUUACAUGCUCACCUUGUGGGUCCUAAUCUACAUUCUAGAAGAAGAUGGAGGACCAAGGCUUCUAGUGGUGAUAGCAGAAUGAAACUGGGUGGAACCAAACCUUUGAAAUUGAAUAGAACCUUGCCUUCCCCUCCCUGCCCACUCCUCUCUGUGUCAGGUGUGAACUCAGGACACUGCCUCCUGCUUUUUCCCAGAUAUGCCAGGAAGCCGGCAAGUACAGCCUAUAUCCUCUUGCAUCUUUGUGAGGAGGAAUAGAUUCUCUCUAAAUCCUAACCUGCUUUAUUUGGCUCUAAGAAGUGGUUCCCUUUCUCUGGUCCCCUGGGGAUGCCAGUUCCUCAUUUCUUGCUGCUUUAUUGCUCAGUGGAUUCUUGGAGGAACUUUUGAUGUAAUUUGACCUUGAAUCCAGCUUUUCCUUGAGGAUCAGCAGUCAGCCCUUAAGGGCAGCCGUGUGUGCUGCUCUUGAGGGGCACCCACACAGGCUGCCCUUGCUGUGCCACUUCCUGUCACCAAGUUGUUUUAAUCUUUGCCCAAGAGAAGCGGUGUUCCAGUCCCAUCCUUGUCUCUGCCAACUUAGCCCUAAGAGAUUGGCGAGUCAAGACUCAGCCUGUCAGACCCCAGAAAAUGCCAACAGUUAGCCAGCCUCCCGCCAGGCUUGGAGCAAGCGGCUUGGCCUUUCCUGCUUGCAACUUCAUUUGUCACUCUUUGUGUUGGGGCGGGCUAUCAUUUCCUCAAGAAAGGCUAUGUUUGGGGGCUCCUCCAUGGCCCCUUUUGUACAUUUAUAUAGAGACUUGUUCUCUUCAGUUUGUCUGAUACUGAUGUGUAUUUUGUGCUUUCAAUGGAGUUUAGAGGAGAAAUGACUUGCGGGCGUGGUUCUAUGUUGAUAGAGCCAGAUUUAACUGUGUAAAGCUUCUGGGACCUGGCUAACUGGAUGAGGCAAGCAGCAUCAAUUAAUGGCUACAGGUGCUGAUUCCUGAAUUUACAACAGUAUUUUGACUUUAAGGAAUGACAUCUGAGGAAAUAAUAGGGUCCAGAGAGGGAAAGACAGGGUGGUGCAACCUUCUUCUUCUCUCUCCGCUAUAGGUCAUGAGCCCUCCAAUAUAAGCCAGAGAUACUCAGUUAGGGAACCAAAGCUUACACUUCAAUUUUUCCUUUAAUUUCUACCUCAUGAAAUCACUCCUCCACAUUCACAUCUCUCCCAGAUAUACGAGGCAGGGCCGGAAGCCUCUUGGGCCUGAGAACAGAGGGAGAAAAGGAAGAACAGCGGAUUCCCAAGCUGACUUCUGCUCUGUACCCAAUGGGCGGUCUCUGAGUGAGCUGUGACAUAUUCCUCGGCACUUC